AUGGCCAGAGGCAAGCUCAACAGCAUUAUUUGCGCAUAUGACACCGAUCACAUCAUAUCCGAACAGAGUCUAGUCUUCCCUACUCUUGAGCUUGGCAGUGAGCUCUCGGAUAGCUCCUCGGACUACGAAGUUAUCUACACUCCAGAUAGCCCAUUAUCCACCGAUUCGUUGUCGUUAUCUCACUUGGCGCAUCCAAAUGACAUUUCUUUGCAGCUUGAAGAUGCUGUUGAACGGUCAUCAAAAGUACGCUGCUGCGAGUGUUCGAAGACAUUCAAGUCCACGGGUUCACUUGAUCAACAUCGAAAUUCUGCUGCUCACGCAAAGCCUGUUUACCACUGUCCGACGAACUUACCGGGAGUAACACAUGCUUCUGGCUUCAUUCAGACGUUCAAAACACUGAGCGGACUCGCACAACACCUCGAAGCGAAGGCAUGCCUUGGCGGGGCUUCAACAUUGCGCGAAGUCGCGGCCUACAUUGAGGGUCGCCUUCAACAAAUUGGAUGGAAGACCAGAAUACUUCUUCAGGACUCGCAAUGA